GUUCAUUCGCAAGUCUCCUGCUGCAGGUGUUCCGUGCUCAGUUCCUGCUCCUGGCCAUCCUUCCAGCUCCUCGGACUAAUGGCUCGCUACACGUACCUUGUCGCCCUUGUGCUUCUGGCCAUUUGCUGCCAGUGGGGAUACUGCGGCGCCAUGGCCAUGCCGGAUGAGGAGCGCUAUGUGCGCAAGGAGUACAAUCGGGAUCUCCUCGACUGGUUCAACAACGUGGGCGUGGGACAGUUCAGUCCCGGCCAAGUGGCCACUCUCUGUCGCUAUCCGCUGAUCCUCGAGAACUCCUUGGGCCCAUCCGUGCCCAUCAGGAAGCGCAACUCGGAGCUAAUCAACUCCUUGUUGAGUCUGCCCAAGAACAUGAACGAUGCGGGCAAGUAAGAACGGAAAAUGCUGAAGGAUUAGGACGACCCACCACUGAAAGAUGGAACCUGGACAAGAAUUUAUUAUUUGAUGUUAUAGUAUGAUUUUUUGGUGCGUCGAAGGAAAAUGAAAAUCCGCAGAUAAAAGCCGGUGUAGUCAUCUAAUAGAGAGAAAAGACCGUAUAACUUUUGUUGCUUUAAACCUAAAUAGAAAAAUAUACAAGUAGCCUAUUGUAGAAAUGUUGUAUAUUAUUAGGCUUACUGCUGAAAUAAACGUUUUCUGGAUUGUUUCGACUUGAAAUCUGGUACAAC